AUGAAUCUGACCACUGACGAUGCGACUCAUUUAUGGGGAAAUUAUUCCUUAUUGGAACAAUACAACGCGACAGUGGGGACACCGUGGUUGUCAGAGUCGCCUGGUGAGGUGGACCUUACCCGUGCCAUCCCGCUCGGCUUCGUCCUGGGGGCUUUCAUCGUGUUCGCCAUUGUGGGCAACAUCCUCGUCAUUCUGGCGGUGAUGACCAAUAGGCACCUGCGGACCCCGACCAACUACUUCAUUAUAAACCUGGCCAUCGCUGACCUGCUGCUGGGCACCACAGUGCUGCCAGUGUCUGCCACCCUGGAGAUUCUUAACUACUGGGUGUUCGGCCGGAUCUUCUGUGACAUCUGGGCGGCAGUGGAUGUUUUGUGCUGCACGGCGUCCAUCAUGAGCCUGUGCGUAAUUUCUAUCGACCGUUACAUCGGGGUGAGCCAUCCGCUGCAGUACCCGAGCAUAGUGACCGAGAAGCGGGCACUGCUGGCCAUGCUUGGGGUGUGGGUGCUCUCGGUGGUCAUCUCCAUUGGACCCCUCCUCGGGUGGAAGCAGCCGCCGUCGCCGGACAACACUGUGUGCCUCAUCACCGAGGAACCGUUUUACGCACUAUUUUCCUCCCUCGGUUCCUUCUAUAUACCACUGGUGGUUAUCUUGUCCAUGUAUUUUAGGGUUUAUGUAGUCGCCAAACGGACCACCAAGAACUUGGAGGCCGGGGUGAUGAGGGAGAGGAUGAACACGAGUGAGCUCACGCUCAGGAUCCACAAGGGAUCUCAGGUGCAGGAUGACAGCAGCAGCACUGGGAAGGGCCGUGCAAAUCAGGCAAGGAGCUCCCUGACGGUGAAACUUCUGAAAUUCUCCCGGGAGAAGAAAGCAGCUAAAACGUUGGGAGUCGUGGUUGGCAUGUUUACGCUUUGUUGGCUGCCGUUCUUCCUUGCGUUACCCAUUGGGUCUUUCAAUCCAGACUUCCGCCCUCCUGAGACACUGUUCAAGGUGAUCUUCUGGCUGGGCUACUUCAACUCCUGUCUCAACCCCAUAAUCUACCCCUGCUACAGCCGAGAGUUCAAACUGGCAUUCAUACGCAUCCUCAGAUGCCAGUGCCACCAUAGGAGACGCCCAGGCUGGCAUGGCUACAACUACCGUACCUCCCACUUCAAUUCCGCCAGCCACUCACGAAAGAACUCGGCUGAGUCUGGUCACUCACAGAAGAACCCUGCCUGUCUCAACGGGAGCCAGCGCACCCUGUCCUCCUCAGCCAGCCCCAGUCCGAGCUACAUGCUGGCUUGCCCAGAGGGGGAGGCCCUCUACACCUGCUGGGCCUCCGCCGCCUCCAGGUCCCCCUCCUUGCUGCCUGGGAGUCCUGCUAGCUGCCAACUGGGAACACUGAGGGGGGGUGUGGGGAGUGGAGGGACGUCUUACAGGGAGUCUGGUCAGGGGGUGUUCUUGUUCCCCUGUGGGGGGCAGAACGGGGAGUGUGGAGGGGACAUACCUGAGGAUAAGGUGUGA